GCGAUUGGCCCUUGGGUGCGAGCGGGGGCGUGUCCCGGCUGCUGCCUCGGCCUUCCCGGGUCUGGAUGGCGGGUGAGGGAGGUUUGGAGUGUCUGUAUCACUCGGCGGCAGCGGCGGAAGUCUCGCGAGGCGGCGCGGGCGGGAUUUGGCGGCGGCUGAGGUUGCUGCCUGCUUGCUUCCCACUCUCCUCCCUCCCAACGAGCUGGUGUUUGUGUGGAAGGGGGAGGAGGCGGCAGAGGAGGAGGAGGAGGAGGAGGAAGGGAAGCGAGAGGAGGCUGAGCCCCGCCGGUGUCGGGCGGAGCAGCGGACCCGAGGCGGAGGCCCACCGCUAGGUUUUGGCCCGCCGCCGCAGCUGCCGCCGUUUUCGGCGGCUCCCCACUCCCCCACCAUGGCCUCGGGAGAUACCUUGUACAUCGCCACGGACGGCUCGGAGAUGCCGGCCGAGAUCGUGGAGCUGCACGAGAUCGAGGUAGAGACCAUCCCGGUGGAGACUAUCGAGACCACCGUGGUGGGCGGCGAGGAGGACGACGACGAGGACGACGACGACGAGUGCUGCGAGGACUGCGGCCCUCACCACCCGCCCCACCGCCGGCACCAUCACCACCACCACCACCAUCACCACCACCCGCCCAUGAUUGCCCUGCAGCCGCUCGUAACCGACGGCGACCCCAGCGGCGGCGGAGUCGGGGCCGGCGGGGGCCAGCUCCACCUGCACCACCACCCGCACCAUCAAGAGGUGAUCCUGGUGCAGACCCGCGAGGAGGUGGUAGGGGGAGACGACUCGGACGGCUUGCGGGCGGACGACGGCUUCGAGGACCAGAUCCUGAUCCCGGUGCCGGCUCCGGCCGGUGAGGAUGAGUACAUCGAGCAGACUCUGGUCACCGUCGCGGCCGCGGGCAGCAAAGGCAGCUCGGGUGGCGGCGGCGGCUCUUCUUCGGGCGGCGGUCGGGUGAAGAAAGGCGGUGGCAGCGGCAAGAAGAGCAGUAAGAAGAGUUACCUGACGGGAAGCGGCGGCGGGGCUGAAGGGGGCGGCGGCGGCAGGAAAUGGGAGCAGAAGCAGGUGCAGAUCAAGACCCUGGAGGGGGAGUUCUCGGUCACCAUGUGGGCCUCGGAUGACAAAAAAGACAUUGACCAUGAGACUGUGGUGGAAGAGCAGAUCAUUGGUGAGAAUUCCCCGCCUGACUACUCGGAGUACAUGACAGGAAAGAAACUGCCGCCUGGAGGAAUACCUGGCAUCGAUCUUUCGGACCCCAAACAGCUGGCUGAAUUUGCAAGAAUGAAGCCAAGAAAAAUCAAAGAAGAUGAUGCUCCAAGAACGAUAGCCUGUCCUCACAAAGGCUGCACAAAAAUGUUCAGGGACAACUCUGCCAUGAGGAAGCAUCUGCACACUCACGGGCCUCGGGUACACGUCUGUGCAGAAUGUGGCAAGGCCUUUGUGGAGAGCUCAAAACUAAAGCGGCACCAGCUAGUUCAUACUGGAGAGAAGCCCUUUCAGGUGCCCUAAGGACUCCAUGCUUGAAAGAACCAAAACGCAACAAGCUAACUCAAAUUGUGAGCCAAGAAAAGCUGGAUUCUGAUCUGCCUCAGUUAUGUAAAUUUAAAUAAUAGAGCCUAUUUUGUAUAAUUCUGUAAUGUUACUAUUGUACAAUAUUCUGCAUAAUCUAACCAAGGGGAGGGGCAAGAAGCUAUGCAGGGCAUCAAAGCCCCACCCCCAUAAUGGGAAAUGUGAGUAGUUCCUGUGGCUUCUGAGACUUUUAAUAGGCAUUGCCCAUACACUCUGAAGCAUAUAUUUGCAACCAUAAGGGCUAGGAACUUGCUUUCUCUUUAAAUCAGAAACUGAGUUUCUCAAGAAGCAGAAUUCUGUACCCAUUACCAAGUGCUACAGCUUGUGUUUUACACUUUGGCAGAUUUGCAGCAGGUUGUGUGCUGUUUAGAGAUUUUUAAAAUAUUAAGCGGUUUAUAAAUGCUUUUAAAUAAAUAAAUGCAGCCUUGGCUGUAGGGAAGGAAUAUUUUAAAGAAACUUCAUUCUUGCUGUACUGAAUCUAAUGAAGAUCUAGCUUGCAACAGGACAGGCAGCUCUGGUAGAAUGCUGCGAUUCCAUUACUGUCAAAAUUGCCUUAUGCCACUCGGUGUGAAAAAAAUGUCAGCUCUUCAUGGCAUAGAGUGGGGAUAGGCAACCUGUAGCUAACAGAGAAACAUUUAUGCACCUAGCAGAGCCUAGUGUGAUUUGCUGUGCUCAAAUUUCUGAUUUCAUAUGAAAACUGAAGGGGACAGUAAUCAAACUUUUAUGUGAUAGUGACUCAACAAGAAUAGUGUAAAUGUGAUGGCUUCCAUGAUGAAUUGUAAAUCUCGCUUUUGGGCUUAGAUUCCUUAUACUAGGAAUGGGUGCUGAGGUGGUUGCUCAUGACUGAAGGCUCGCCAUCUGUCUUGCAAUCUCACUCCUGGAGUGGUUUGAUAAGGAAUUGGAUUGGAUGCUUCUAGCAAAACGUGCCUACAAAUUAAACCCAUCAAGCCAAAUGUUAGUUUCUUUUUUAUUUUGCAUGUAAACACAAAGGUUGAAUAUCUUACAAUCAAGGGAUCGUGGUACUUACUCUGCCGACACUACAGGAAGUCAGCAUUUGUAGACAAGUGUUUAUUCCCAUGAAUGGGCUCAACAAAAAGUUUUACUUUCUUCUCUUACUCUAUGCUAAGUAGCAUUAAUGUGUAUAGCUGAAAUUAAACAGAAGGGAGUAGAAAAAGAGGAAGACCAAACGAGAUGGAUUGAUUCCAUAAAGGAAGACACAGAUCUGAACUUACAAGAUCUGACAGAUCUGAACUUACAAGAUCUGAACAGGGCAGUUCACGACAGAUGCUCUUGGAGGUCACCGAUUCAUAGGGUCGCCAUAAGUCGUAAUUGACUUGAAGGCACAUAACAGCAGAGAACCAUAUUUGUGCCUAGGUUGACAUCAGGGCCUUUGUAAACACUUAAAAUGAUGGAUUCCUGUACUUUCUGUAUUGCAUAGCUAAACUAUAUAUGGUGACUGUUUAUUUUAUGUGAAAAGUGACUUCUAAACAUGUUAAAAAUUGAUUAAAAUUUAUUUCAUUUUUUUAAAAGGAAAGCAAGAGGGAAGAUGAAGGCAAGUGGAGUUUGUCAUUGUUUCAGUUCCUCUUUCAUCCCCUUGGUGUGCCGGUGUUUCUGAAGAGAAGAGUUCUUGAGGAACAGUACUCUUGUUGUAGAUCUUUCUGAAACCUUAGAGCAGGGGUGAGGACCUGGCAAUCCAGAUGUUGCUGAACUACAACUCCCUUCAUACAUGACCAUUGGGUCAUGUUGCCUGGGGCUGAUGGGAGUCCAACAAUCUGGACAGCCACAGGUUAGCCACACCUGUAUUAGAAUCAAGGAUCCUACUUCAUCAUCCUCUUCCUCAGUAGCACUUGCCACUGUUGCAGGAUGCAGUGGAACAAUUAUUUUUAAUUCAUAACACAAUAGAGGGUGAAGCAUCUUGCUUAUGCAAGAAAAUCCACUGAGUUGAGAAUUUCUGCUUGUGUAAAUGGGACUUCCCUUCCACUUUGCCCACCCCCCACCCCUGCACCCUCAAAAUCUGUUCUGGAGGGGUGGGUCUUACCCUAAAGAUCUCUAUGCCUUGAACUUUAUGUUCAGAAAUACCAAAUGCCAUUUCUUGGUGUAGGCCUGCAUGUUUGAAUGUUCCUCAUUUCAAACAACCAUAAAACGGCCCAAGAAUAGCUGUAGGUCGUGCUGUUCCUGAAUACUUAGCUUAGUGGUGGGUAACCUGUAGCCCUCCAGAUGUUGGAUUCUAACUCCCAUAAGCCUCAGCCAGCAUGGCAAGUGCUCAGGGAUUGUGGGAGUUGUAGUCCAGCACCAUCUGGAAGGCUUCAGGUUCCCCAUACUCUGAUGUAGCUUAACUUUCAUCUAGGCUGAGAUGAUUGUAGGGCACUGGCCCAGUUUGGCCACUCCCCAGUUCAUUCAUAAAUGAAUGUUACAGCUUUGCCCCUCGCUUGGGUUGGCCGUUAUGGGAAGCACUGUCUUAUUCUCUGGUUGUGAAUUAUUUACAAAAACACUUGACUCUACAGAAGACUUUCAGAGUAACUAACAAGCAGUUGUGUCAUGGACCUUAGAGGCAGCAGUGGGUAUUACUCAUGUGGUAAUAACAUCAUCAGUGGAGUCUGCUAAUCACAGUGGCUGGCUCCCUUUUGCUAUCAUUCUGUAAGCACCUUGAGGGCAGCAGCCCAUCUUUUUUUCCCUUUUCAAUCCUGUGCUGCUCUAUGCUGCUGCUUUAUAUUUUUAAAUUCUAAGCUGUGCUAUUAGUGUUGUCUCUGGCAUCGUAUGCAGGUGCAUCCCCCCUUUUAAGGAGGAACAGUUCAGUCCUCUUCAGGCAUUAGGGUAGCAUGUGAGAGGUGUGGAGGGGCAGGGAGCAACAGGAGUUUGAGAUGAGUGUACUGGAUCCACCCCACCGUCACCACUCUGGUUGCAUUCAAGUUUGUGAAGCAGGGAGCCUACAGGAGGCUCUCCACUGAUUUUUGUGAACCCUGACAAAUCAGGGCUCUAAAAUAGAGGAAGUCCUGAGGAACGCAUGUGUGUGCAUGCCCAUCCUCAUUACUGCCCUUGCAUGUUUACUGAACUUGUACACUGAGCAUUAACCUUGAGAAAGGCUGGUGUUGUAAUCAGUUUUACAUUACUGAAUGCAUGUGCCACAGCAGCCAGGAAAUUACAAGGAAGUUUUUUUGAUUAUUUUUGUUAAUGAUACGGAGUUGAGACUUAUGUGAUAAAUAUGGUGGACAUGGACUUUGAUUGAUUUUUUAAAUGUAUGAUUGUGACGCAUGUUUGAUGAAAAUGGA